AUGGAUGCUUUGGGGUACGGGGGAAUUGAAUCUGGAAAGCUUGACUCCUUGACACCCAUCUACACGGAAACCCGCUCGGCAGAAUGUCGUUCUUCAAAAUCACACUCAUCCGCUCCGGCAUCGAAUAAAGAAGUUUGGCUAGGUUGGUUGCGGUGUGAGUUCCUGGACCAGAAGCUUUUGCCCGUAGUGAGUUUUCUGGGAACAGAAAUAUGUCUUUGA